AUGUCAUCAUCUUCGAAGCAAGAAAAAAACAAUGAUGGUGAUAGUAAUAAUAAUACUAAUAGAUCGUUGAAAAAAGGAACAUGGUCAAAAGAUGAGGAUAAAAUAUUGGUAGAUUAUGUGACAAAAUAUGGAGCUAGAAAGUGGAAUGAAGUACAAAAGAGAACGGAACUUGCUCGAAGUGGAAAUUGUUGUCGUUUUAGAUGGAUAAAUCACUUACAGCCAGGUGUGGUAAAGGGAAAAUUUAGUGAACAUGAAGCAAAAGAAGUCAUUCGGAUGAAAAAGCUUAAUCUCAAAUGGUGUGACAUGGCUAAACAGUUGCCUGGAAGAUCAGAUAAUGAUAUAAAGAAUUUCUGGAAUGCAAGAGAAAGAAAACUAAAUAGAGAGAAUAGUUUGAAUGGUUCCAGCAGUUUGAGUCAUGAUCAUGAGUUGAAUGACAAUAGAGAGAAGAGUUUGAGUGGUUCUACUUCUACCAGCCAGCAAGUUGAUUCACAAGAUGACAAAUACUCUAAACAAUUUCCAAAAUUAUUUGAUGAUUCAAAUAAGCAGCUUCCAAAGUUUCCAAAGUUGGUUAAUGAUUCAAACAUGUUCUACACCAAUGUGGGAAGUACUUCUAUAAGCAAUCAUACUACUCCAUCAGGGAUUAAUAGGGCUGGCAUUGGAACUUCUUUUAUGCAUGAGGCCAGGGUACCAAAUCCAUCUUCAUUAUCACCAUAUUUAAACUUUCAAAAUAUGUACAAUCCACUUCCUUCAAUUGAACACAAGUUGCAUAGAAAAUAUCCAUCAAGAUAUGAUGAGAUAAAUGCAAAAUUAUUUGAUGUUUCAAAUAAGGAGCUUCCAAAGUGGGUUGAUGAUUCAAAGAUGCCCUACUAUUGUGUGGGAAGUACUUCUACAAGCAAACAUACUACCCCAACAUGGACUAAUAGGGUUGGCAAUGGAACUUCUAGUAAUCAAUUUACCAUGGUGCCAAAUCCACUCCCACCAUGUUCAUACGUUCAAAAUAUGGACUAUCAACUUCCUUCUUAUAAGAAGUUAGGUGAGUAUCCUCAAAAUCCACUUCCACCACCUAAGGAGGCUCAAUAUCAGAGGACAGGAUCAGUUUCUCCAUAUAAUGCUAGUCGCGUUCGUUCGUCUAAGGUAAAUUUGGUUGAUGAAAAUGGGAAGAAGCCAAUUUCUUUUGAGAAUGAUUUUGGAGCAAAUUCCCUUCGCAAUUUUACAGAUUCAUAUCUUCGCCGUGCCUCAAGUUUAUUAGACAAUGGCAAUAACAAUAACUUGAAUGACAAGCUUCCACACGAUGUAAAGGAUACAUUAAACACAGCUAUAAAUGAAAAGGGCAUAGACUGGGAUCGUUUUUCUUACUUUGGUUCAUUUGACAACAACUUUAACAAUAACUUGCAUGACAAGAUUCCGCACAAUAAUGACAAGAUUCUAGACGAUAUAAAGGAUACCUUAGGUGCAGCUUUACAUGGAAAAGGCAUAGAUUCGGAUCAUUUUCCUGACUUAAGUUCAUCAGACAACGACGAUAACAAUAACUUGCAUGACAAGAUUCCACACAAUAUGAAGGAUACCUUAGACGCGGUUAUAUAUGGAAAAAGCUUCCAUCCUAAGUGA